AUACUCGCAUGUAUUUGUGGAAAGCAGCCUCCACUAACAACAAAAACAACGAAAGGCAAAACAGCUGCGUCUUCUGAUACCAACAACAAUAAUAACAGUUGCAGCGCAUAAACAUACAUACAUAUGUAAUACAACCCCCACGGCCAUAUAAACGUACAUACAUACAUAUGUAUAUAUGCAUAUGUAGAAUCAACCACCACCAAUCAACAGCAAUAACAACAAGAAGAGGGGCAGCGACUGAGCUGAGAAGACACAAAAACCUAAAACCUGCUCACAUCGCAGUAGAUUUUCAUUCGCAAUCGCAAUAUGGCUUUGGAUUUUGUGGCCACCUACAAGGUUCUGGUGCUGGGUGACUCGAAUGUGGGCAAAACCUGCAUUGUUCACAGAUACUGCGAUGAGAAGUACUACGACACAUAUAUCUCGACCAUCGGCAUAGACUUCAAGCAGAAGUUAAUUAAUCUGGAUGGGGUGCCCAUAAAACUGCAAAUCUGGGAUACCGCUGGCCAGGAACGUUUUCGCACACUGACCACAGCCUACUAUCGGGGCGCCAUGGGCAUACUCCUCAUGUACGAUGUGACCAACUUGGAGAGCUAUAACAAUUUGUCUUAUUGGUUGCGCAACAUACAGGAGAAUGCCUCGCCGGAUGUGGUCAAAGUGUUGGCGGGCAACAAAUGCGAAUGUUCGGCGACCCAGCGCAUGGUGGACAAGGAGAGAGGAGAAAAGAUUGCUGAAAACUUCGACAUGCCCUUCUUCGAGGUCUCGUGCAAGUCCAACAUCAAUAUCGAAGAUGCAUUCUUAUCAUUAGCUCGUAAAAUACGUGAGCAGCGUGAGCGUCGUGGGGAUAACUUCGAAAAUGAUGAGAAACAGGAUAAGAAGUCGCCAGGCUCUAAUGGUCUGGGCACAUUCAGCUUGGGCAGUCUUUCUGGCGAGAACCGAUGUUCCUGCUAAAUCGUCUUUGUCUUCAACAUAGCCACGGCCAUUGAUAUGGUAACCUGAAAAAGUUGUCCAAAAUUAUUGAUAACGUAGCGCAUUUUUUAGAGAACUAGCGACGUUGUCGUAGCCAAGUUUGUGCGUACAAUUUCAAUGAUAUUAUAUUAUCGAUAAUGAUUCGAAAUGCAAAGAUCCGGUCAUACCUACUAUAUAUAUAUAUCUAUUAUUAAGUGCGUAUGUAUAUGUCAAACGUACAGAUUAUGCAUUUUUAAGGUAGUCCAAGGAACGUACAUAUAAUACUAAUACUAUAUUUGAGCCGCUCGUACAUGCCGUUUAAUGUAUCUCUAUUUCUAUACUUAAGUCAUACAUAUAAUCAUGGUCUGAAGUUUCAAAAAAGUGGAACAACUAAAGCGAACACAUACUUAAAUACAAACAUAUUUCUUUGCAACUCUGAAUGUGAAAUCCUUGAACAGCCAAGUUAAUA